CAUCGCGCUGGCGUCAAUGGUGGUCAACGACGUGUUUGACUGGCAGAUCGGGUCUGACCGAGUCAACUCGCCCGCCAAGCCCCUCGUGUCUGGCGCCGUGCACCCAUAUGAUGCGGAGCUAGCAGCAGGCUGCCUCUACUCCCUCAUAGUCCUCGCAGCCUGUCAGCUGGAGCCCUUGCCUCUCCGCAUGCUGGUGGCGGGGGCGGCAGUCGGCACGUAUCUCUACACCCCGUUCCUCAAGAGAAUCACUCUGGUUAAGAACGUCUCAGUCGCUGCAAUCAUUGCGUCGUCGUUGCUUGCUGGCGCUCUUGCUGCUGGAGCCUCUUUCUCCGCCCUCUACCGUGCGUCAGGCGCCUUUCUCUUCCUCUUCCACGCGCUGCUGUAUCGAGAGGUGCUUAUGGACGUCGCUGACGUCACUGGUGACGCCAGCGCAGGCGUGCCGACGCUUGCGGUGCGGCUGGGGAAGCAGAGGGCGGUGAUGGUGGCGUGCGGCAUGCUGGUUCUGGCGCAUGCUGCAGGGUCCGUCCCUUGCCUCGUUGUGCCCACCGGCCCCAAGUCACAUCGUCGCAGCCUGGCGCUCUCCGCGUCACUCGACCUGCUCGAGAGCGCCAUUCGCGUUCGCGCGGGGCCGCUGAAUCCGACUGGAGGGCGAUUGAAGCGGGCCGACCAGUGCAGACCGCGCCAAUCAACUCCCCUCCCUGCUCUGCCCCCCUCUCGUCCCUGCUCGCCCUCCCCUGCAGCCAAUGACGUCAUCCGCGGGGCGUCAGGCCAAGACGUGUCCGCUACGCCGCCGCCGGCGGUGGCGACGGCGAUCGCGGUGGGCAGCACCUUCGCGUUCAACUUCACGGCGGCGCGCUGCACCAACCUGCCCACCACCGCCUCCUCCGCCACCGUGCAGUGGACGUCCGCCGCCGCCGCCACCGCCAAUGUGCCCGCGUGCGAGAACGUCACCUUCCUGACCGGCCCUGAUUGCACCGGGGUCGUCGCGUCUUCCGUCGCCAAGCCUUCAAGCCCGACCACCUACACCAGCCGAGCCAUUCUCCCCUAUCCGUAUCCACUGUCGGCUCUCUGCUUUAUCGCGGGAGACGCUGCGUGGUGGCCCACGGAGGUGGCGGCCAGGGUGGUGGUGGCGACGGCCGUGGCAGUGGGCGCCUACAAGGUCGCCUUCGACCCCUCCUCGCGCUGCGCCACCGUGCCCGCCGGCACGGCGCCCGCUGGCGUGAGCACGCCUGUGGGCGUGCAGUGGGGGAGCAGCAGCAGCUUGGCGGGGGGCGGGGCGAGUGCGCCGUGCAACGUGGUGUCGUUCUUCCCGGGCGCCAACUGCGACGGCGCCGUCAUGCAGCACUUGUACUCCUUCUCCAGGUCCGUGCGCGUGCACAUGCGAGGCCGUGCAGGAUAG